AUGCCAAUUUUUGGUGAUCAUUCUUAUACAUCAAUCACUAUAAAAGUGAAUCAAUUAGUCCAGCACAAAAAUGAUGAAAUAGAAGAUGUGAUGGAACUAUAUUUGAGCGACUUAUUACACUUGAUUAAAAUUCAACCUAAUUCUGGAGCAACAGAGGCAGCAAGAGCAAUUAGAAAAAAAAUCAAAUAUGGUGAUACAAUAGAAGAACAAAAGAGGGCAUUACAAUUAUUGGAACUUUUAGUUAUGAAUUCAGGCAAAAAAAUAGGAACGAUCAUAGCUAGAGAUGAUAAGUUGUUGGAUGUCUUGAAAGGAAUAAUCAAUGGUCAUGGUAAAACUGGAUUGGGUUCAAAUUAUGAUCCAAAAAUUCAAAAAUUGGUUAUUCAUAUGUCAAUUGGUUGGAAAACGGAAUUUCAAGAUUUGGAGGGCUAUAAAUACUUGCAAGGUUUGUACAAAUAUAUACCGAAAAGAAUCAGAAAAGACUCUUCUUCAAAUACAAGAACUGCGAGAGGAAAUUCAAAUGAUGACGAAUUUGACGACUACAUAGAUGAUGAAACGGAUCCUUAUUCUGAUGAAAAUAUAUACGACGAACCAGAAUCAAAAACGCCAAGAUCUCCAGCUCCAGGAUCAAGUGCAAGAUCACCAAGACUAAAAUCUCCAAAGGUUCCUCCACCAAGACCUACUACAGCUUCUCCGUAUUCUUCCCAAUCAAAAGAUAAAAAAGAGAAAAGUAAGAAGAAAUCAAAGAAAAGAAAAUCCAAAAGUGGUAUUAUCUAUGCCGAUGAAGAAUAUGCAAUUCCUCAAAUUAAUUAUAAGUUGGAAUCACCUAAAAUUGAGAAACUAAUAUCUGAAUGUAAUAACACCACCAUAACAUUAAAUAAUCAAUUAUUGCACUUACCUAUCCAUGAAAAACCUCAAGAUUCUUCUGAAAUUUUGAAAAAUUUCAAUCAUUGUAAAAAAAUAAGAAGAAAAGUUUUGAAAUAUUUACAAUUUGUUGGUGCUGGUAAUGUCGAAGAUAAAACUCCUGAAAUAUUACAAAAAGAUGAAGAAUUUUUAUCGAGAUUAAUUUUUGCUAAUGAACAAUUGAUUGAAACUUUUAAAAAAUUCGAUUCUAAAUCUGGCUAUACUGAUGAGAAUCCUGCACCACCUAUCCAUUCGUCAGCUUUAGUCAAUGCUGAUGACGAUAGAGAGUGGAGUGAUAGUGAUGAAAGUUAUUAUGAUAGUGAAGAUGAAGAGGAGGAAGACCUAGAAGAGCCAGAGGAGGAUCUGAUUUCUUCAAGAUUGCAGUCAGUUACGAUGGACAAAAAAAGAGCACCACCUCCGCCACCACCAACUCAAUCUUCAAAAACUUAUGAAAAACAACCAACUUUGAAAAACGGAUUUGAUGAUUCAUCCUCAAGCAGACCAGGGUUGAGCAAAACCGAAACAAGUGAUUCUGUACUCAGUAGUAAUCCAUUCGGAGAUAAAAAUGAAGUGACAAAACAAGAUUCAAAGUAUUAUUAA